GGCCACCCUCCAAGAACUCUCGGAGCACACCCCAUCACACCGGUCAAGAAGCUGCCGCCCCCAUCUCCUUCGCCUGCUGAAGACAAGGCGCUGUGCCAGGAUUCGACGGGCCACGUGGGUGCCGAGAAAGGUCAGCGGACGGUCGCGUAUGCGGAGAAGGGCGCCGCUGUUCGGAUCGACGAGCAGGAGACACCGCGGGCCGGAGCGAAGGUGCAAGUAGCGGGAAAGAGAGUGGUGAAUCUGAAGCACGCAUCGGCGAGCCAUGUCGACGAGGUUGCUGUGUCCACGCAGCUGUUGCCCGCCACCUCCCACUCUGUCGCCGACGUCUUCAAGAUUGGAGCGCCAGAAGCGCCACCACAUGGCGCCGGCCUGGAGGGGUCCGCAAAAGGUGCGUUCCCGUCAUCUGAGAGCGAACAGACGACGGGAAGUGUGCCUGCCGGGGAGACGUCUAAGGGAGCGGCGGGAGACGGAAACAAAGCGGAUACGGUGCCAGAGAGCAAGAAGGAGAACGAGAGCGCGCAAGCUUCACCUCAGGCGGCCAGCGACGAGGAGGUCGCCACGUAG